AAACUCCAGGAGACCAAAGCCUGCUUGGAGUUUGGCCUGGGCGGCGGAUUCCCGGGGGCCCAAGGCCACGUUGCAGGCGGCUCGCACCGGCAUCGACGAGACCCUGCCCAGCCUUUCCCCCAGAGGCCCAGCGCAGUUGGUGCUGGACAUGGACAGGAGAGGGAGGCUGGGCCCAGGGUGCCAAGGGGCCCAGAGCAGUUGGGGAGCACGGACCAAGUCAGGCUCCAGUAUAUAAAUCAGGCAAAUUCCCCAUUUGAGCAUGAACCUCUGAAAACUGCCGGCAUCCGAGGAAUCCUCCGCGGCCCGGCCGAGCCCAGCCCAGGAUGAAGGUCUUGGCGGCAGGAGUUGUGCCCCUGCUGCUGGUUCUGCACUGGAAACACGGGGCGGGGAGCCCCCUCCCCAUCGCCCCCGACAACGCCACCUGUGCCACACGCCACCCAUGUCACAGCAACCUCAUGAACCAGAUCAGGAACCAGCUGGCACAGCUCAAUGGCAGUGCCAACGCCCUCUACAUUCUCUAUUACACGGCCCAGGGGGAGCCAUUCCCCAACAACCUGGACAAGCUGUGUGGCCCCAACGUGACAGACUUCCCGCCCUUUCACGCCAACGGCACAGAGAAGGACCGGCUGGUGGAACUGUACCGCGUCAUCGCCUACCUUGGCGCCUCCCUGGGCAACAUCACACGGGACCAGAAGGUCCUCAACCCCAACGCCCUCGGCCUCCAUAGCAAGCUCAACGCCACGGCAGACAUCAUGCGGGGCCUGCUUAGCAACGUGCUCUGCCGCCUGUGCAGCAAGUACCAUGUGGCCCACGUGGACGUGGCCUACGGCCCGGACACCUCAAGCAAGGACGUCUUUCAGAAGAAGAAGCUGGGCUGUCAGCUCCUGGGGAAAUACAAGCAGGUCAUCGCCGUGGUGGCCCAGGCCUUCUAGACAGGAGGUCAAAGCAUGCAGUGACCCGAGGGAUCAUGUGGGUGCCUCUCAAACCCCACGCAGGGGCUGCUGAGGGCUUCCCAGCCUGUCUGCCCCCUCCAGGGUGGUCAUGAUGAAGUUGAACAGAGUCGGUACUUCUAUAGGCAGGGCCUAUACGAUGCCAACUAGAAGGCACCCCUUCUUCUGGGUGACUGAAGCCAGGCACCGGGGUGUCAGGCUGGACUUCUGCCCCCACCUUGUUCCCUCCACCAGGACUGUGUGAGUGAACAGUGUGCCUUCCCCACAAUCACCCUGACUGCAGGCCUCUGGGGAAUGCCAGGCCGCCACAGAAUGGCCACCACCAGUGCCUUUGAUGUUGCUUAGGUGGACUUUGGAAGGUUUAGUUGAGACUCAGGUAGGUCAGAGGGACUGGGGUCCCAAAGGACUCGUCCCCAACAAGUUUGGCGAAUGGAAGUGAGAGAAGGGAGCGCCGGGCUGAGAUGCCUUUGCUUGGGAAACAUUGGCGAGUCCAGGCCUAGGCACCAUCCUGUGGAGGGUUCCAGAAGGAAGUCACUGUCAGUAAGCUUCUUGGGAGAGGCAGAGAGGCCACUUUCAGACGUGGGAAGGAAGGUGCUGGAAGAAGAGAGGCCCCCAGUCCUAGGCACGUUCUCCUUCCUCUCCUCGCUGUCUCUUCUGCAGCCUGGGAGACUGGGGUGCUGUGGCUGGAUCUGGGGGUGAGGAGGCAGGAAGGUGGCAAAGUCAGGUGAGGAGAUUCUGAGGGAACCCAGAGUCUUCUUUCUAGUCCAGAGUGGAUAAAGGAGAGGAUAGGAUCACGCAGAGGCCAUGGAGGCCCCGGGAGGCCACACACAGGCACGUCAGGGGCCACCGGCAGCCAUCUCUGAUCCCUAGAGCAAGGAAACAGGAGAACCUAAGGACCAGGGUCGGAAGCAAGCCUGAGCCCCGAGAGUGCUGUACGCUUGACCCACCAUGAUUGUCUUAUUUAUUAUGAUGCCUUAUUUAUAUUAACUUAUUGGUGCUUUAAAUGGCAAAGUUAUUUCCCCUUUCCUGCUUCCCUCCUAGCAGAGAUAAUAUGACGGUCUCCAUUAAGGAGCCAGGGCCAGGCCUGCCCUGGUCUGGGAGCUGAAGAUGUUACAGCUGGAAUCAGCCUACAGGUGAAGCUCAGAGAAAGGUCAGGGUCUUAGAGAACUGGUCAGCCUGGCUGGGGGUGGGAAACCCAGCUCCAUCCCCCACCUCAACCAUGACUCCCUUUAGGGUGUUCGGAUCUUGGCUGCUGGGCAGACUGGGCCACUCUGUGGACUGGCCGGGUGCCUUUAGCCAGGGCGCCAUAUUGCUAGACUUCAAGGGGCUCCUUCAGCACUGUUCUGGUGACCCCUGGAAUUGAGCUAGAGGGGGCCCCCUUCAGAUUGACAUGCCACCUCGGAGACUUGGGCAUGGCAGCCCUGGUGGCUGCCCUGCUGCCUCCUGACUGGCUGUCCAGGGGCCGCGGACCAGGCCUGACCUGGAACCUAGCAUGCUUGCACACCGGGGCCAAGCUUCUCCCAUGUCCUAAACACCCCUAGAGGGCCUCAGAAAGCUGGGGCAGUACAGGGAGGAGCCCCCUGUUCUAGAGAGGACAGGGAGGCCCUGGGACGUGGACCAGGAAGCUGUGGUCCCUCCUGCCCCACCUCCCCCACUCCCCACCCAUGUCUGGGUUCCCAGGCAGGGAACCCGAUCCUUUCCUUUGUGCUGGGGCCAGGCAAGUGGAGAAACGCCCUCCAGGCUGGGAGCCCGGGAGGAGGAAAAGGAGCUGGGGCAGCUGCGAAGAGCAGUGUUCUGGCUUGUUCUCAAACCUUUCUUGGGCAGCGAUCCUAGCAGUUCAGCCAACGUGAUUAUGGUACUUUGCACUCACUUUGCACCUUUCCCUGUUUUCUAUGCACUUUACCCAGACCCACUGGAUGGUAGGUGGGCAGGCGGCAGGCCAGCCGGGACCUGGGCCGGAGGGGCUGGAGUUAACCCACCCACUGGCAGCAGCUGCCAUCCAGGAUCUCAGCCUGUUGCCUCCCAUCGCUCAGUUCCUUUGGGGAACGUGGCUCAGAAGGGUUGGGGCCAGCUGGGAGUCCCAUCAUCUCAUCACCCCAUGGGCACCCACUCCCUGUGCUGGGCCCACCUGGGCAGGCCCUGGCUCUGCCCCUCUCUGCUGCUACCCCUGCCCUCUCCUCCCCAGCCCUGGCUCUGCCCCUCGGUACCCAUCUCAGUGCUUUUCUAGAAGCACUCUGGCCCAUCACACAGCAUCUCUGAAUUGUGGUGCCUUUCUUUGUGUGGCUAAAACUCCGCAGGGCAGGGAGCUGGCCUUCAUCUUGCGUCUGCGGGUGUUGGCGCCUGUGUCCCGGGUCUGGGCCCACCGAGGGAGAGGCCUUCAGCAGAAGAGGCGCAGGGCAGUCAUUUUGCAGUUACUGGGAGAGGAAUUGGGGGGACCUUAUUUAUUUAAAACAAUUCUAAACAAAGCACUCCUGGUUCGUCUCCCCUACUCCUCUCCCUCCGUGUCCCCUCCUGGGGGCCUCCACCCUGACAGCAGCCGUCCAGCUCUGCCUCAGUCACUACCAGAGUAGGCUUGGCCCGGAGGCUGGAAUCUCAUGAGAAGUUUAUUUCCCUUCGGCAGUGCAGAUGUCCUCGCCUUCGGAAGCCCCUGGCGUUCCUCCCGCACCUGGGGGUCUCUCCCACCCACACCGUUAGCUCCAUGCCUUUUUCUGUGUCUCCCCCUUUUCUUUUCCCUGGAGAGGAAAAGGACUUGGGGGUAGCGAAAUUCUUCUUUGAUGAAUGUACCCUGUGGGAAUGUUUCAUACGACAGAUUAUUUAUUCAAUGUCAUAUUUAAAAUAUUUAUUUUUUAUACA